GAAGGAAGCUGCUGCAGCGGAGACCGCGAAGGUGCUGGCGGCUGCGAUGCGCUAUUCUAAGAAGCGCAGAUUUCAUCAGAUCGAUGGCGGAGGGAGGGGCAACAGCAGCUGCGAUGAUGGGGGAAGCCUGGAUCUCAUCAGCGCCUCUCCGACAAGGUCCUCGUCAGCAUCAUCGACCUGCUUCGGGAAGGAGCCGGCAGCUGAUGUAGCGGCGACCGCGAAGGAGCCGGCGGCCGCAAUGCGCUAUUCGAAGAAGCUUAGAUUCCAUCAGAUCGACGAUGGAGGGAGUGGUGGCGGCAACCGCGAUGACAGGGGAAACCUCGAUUUCAUCAGCGCCCUCCCUGACGAGGUCCUCGGCAGCAUCAUCUCCCUCCUCCCCACCAAGGACGGCGCCCGCACACAGUCUAUCUCUCGCCGGUGGCUUCCCCUCUGGCGCUCCGCGCCACUUAAUCUCGUGGUUAAAUUUGAAGUGGACAUCAAGAAAGGCAAGCUCAUCGCAUCAGCCUCUAACAUCAAGCUCAUCGCCUCAGUCUCGAAGAUCCUCUCUGAGCACCGUGGCCAUGCCCGCCGCUUAUCGCUCUGGCUGCUCAACGCUGCCGACUUCCCCGCGCCUGGCGGGGGGUGCAAUAUCGAUGGCUGGCUUCGCUCUCAAGCCCUCGACGGCCUACAGGAGCUCAAUUUUGACUACACGAGCGAGCGUGACAUGCCGCUGUCUGUGUUUCGUUUUGCUCCCACGCUCCGCGUCGCCAAGUUCAGCUUUUGCCGUUUCCCCGAAUAUAUUUCAACACUGCGGCUGAAUUUCCCGUGCCUCAAGCAGCUUGAGCUGUUCGGUGUCAACAUUACCGAGGAUGGUCUCCACAGCAUGCUCUCUGGCUGCAUUGCCUUGGAAAGCCUUGACUUGAGGCAUGCUUUUGGCAUAGCUGGCCUCUGCAUCAGCUCCCAAACUCUUAGGAGCUUGUGUUUCUCCGCUCACAGUAAAAAAGGUGUUACUUCGCAGCUAGUCAUCAAAGAUGCCCCGUCUCUUGAAAGAUUGCUACUGCUGCCACCUAGUCUAGACAAUGUUCGAGUGAUCAUCCGGAUGAUCCGGACACCUAAACUGGAGAUAUUGUGUUUGCGAUUUCAAGGCAUCUCAAAACUUCAGUUUGGAACAACAAUUUUUCAGAAAAUGAUUGCUGUAAGCUUAACAACCAAAAUUCGCACCAUGAAGGUUUUGGUUCUUGAUUCUAUUGGCCCUAAUCUGGAUGCAGUUGUUGACUUCCUCAAGUGUUUCCCCUGCUUGGUGAGCCUGUAUAUCAUUUCAGAUCCAACAAAGGAUAUGAAUAAUGCGAGGGAGUAUGACCCGUUGGAUCCAAUUGAGUGCCUUGAGCUCCAUCUAAAGAAAGUGGUGUUGAUGAAUUAUGAUGGCAGCAAGAAGCCAUCUGUUGACUUUGCCAAGUUCUUUGUUCUGAAUGCUAAAUUGCUAAAAGAAAUGGAAAUCCAAGUCAUUAACAACAGAAACGACGACUGGAUGACAAAUCAACAGAAGCAGCUAUGUGUGGAAAAUAGGGCUUCUCGAGAUGCCCGGAUUGAACUGAAAAUCGACACUAGGAAAUCACACAUACGCAUGGAUACCCAUGAUUUGUCAAUGGCAGAUCCAUUUGACAGCAGGCCCUUUCAUUGA